GCAAUGACAGAUGUAAAUUUGCUUUGCAAAUAUCCAGCCAGGCCUAGCAAAAUCCUUCUGGCAUGCAUAUAACAGACAAUGCUGCGAAGCACUCAAGAAUUUGUGGUUUCCGAUCAAGACGACCAAUAUCCAGGAGGCCAGAGAGGGCAGAAUGCACAGAAAUAUUUGAUGAUUUGAAAAAUCAUGAAAAUCAACUCGUUACCAUAAGGAUGUCAAAACAACAACAACAACAACAACAACGGCUUAUUCUCGGCUUAAAAUGACGGCGCGAAGAAAUGAUCACAGGCAGAAGGGAAGUUUACCAGUCUCAGCAGCUGCAUUGCAACAGCAUCUAGCUAAAAAAUUUUCACUUGAAGCUUCAAAACCAAAUCUUAACAGAAGCAACAAGUCACUGAAAGAAAGGGCGAAGCAAUCAAAACAAAAGGAUGUCGUUAAGAAGGGAAAUGCAGAGAGUGGAUAUAUUGGAGUUGAAAAGGUCUUGGAACCUUUCAGGAACAGACUCUCCUUGGCUCAAAGGCUUGGUAUACUGGAUGCCCCAGAAUCACCUUUAUCAGAAGAUGAAUGGAAAAAUAUAAAGUUGAAGUCAAAUGAUAGACAAGAUUCAGCAAAUCCAUGUGCUAUAUGCCAGGAGCCUUUUGCUUUUGAAGCACAGGUUUUGCUGUCUUGCAGCCACGUGUUUCAUCAUGUUUGUUUGAAAUCAUUUGAGAAGCUGUCGGGGAAAAAGUCAUGCCCAAUGUGCAGAAAACAGGAAUAUCAGUCAAGAUUGAUAUUUGAAGGUGCCAAAAUUCAUUUAGAUAGGGCUGCUACAAGAUUACAAGCAUGCUGGCGUGGCUAUGUAGUUCGGCGAAUGUACAAGAGGUUCCGAGCUAUGAACCCACCCAAAGACAAACGCCUUCGAAAGACUUUUUACGAAGCUGAGCUGUCAAAAUUGACAGACAAAUUUCUGCAUUCUGUCGAGAAAUGCUCCCGCGAAGUCGAUGUUCUCAUGAAUGAAAUCGACAGUGACUUGGAGUACAGCAGAAGGAUACUAAGAUCUCUUGAAAUAAACCAGAAAGAAUUGCAAAUCGACUGGGAAUCGGUGCAAGCUAAGGCCUUGCAUAUGGACCUUCGCGAAUGCCCGAUCUGCCUAACGUCGCUUGGUGAACCAGGAAAAGCAUUGAAGGAGCGUCCAAUUGCUUUGCUAUCGUGUGCACAUCUGUUUCACGAUGUUUGCCUACAAACAUAUGAAGAAUGUAACCUCGUUACCAAACACCAGUGCCCUGUUUGUCGUUCUUCGUAUACCAAAAAGAAGUUUCCCGUGACUUAGUUCUUCGACAUCAAGUCAAUUUCAUUCCGUCGCUAGGUUUGCGAUUUUGUUACUGCAGAAAUAAUUGGAUGUCGACAUUCGCAUAACAACGUUAUACCUGACCAGUUUGGAAGAUUUCAGGGAACCUACAAUGCAUACAUAUUUCCACAUAGCAAAACUGCAGUGAAGAAGGUCAAACAGCAUACUAGAUUACAAAUCUUUUUUGUAACAAUCAAAACUCACUUCUCCCUCAAGAUACGUCGUUGUUUUACACGGCGAAAAAUAGACAACGUGAAUCGUUUGUAGGGUUGGCAAAAUUAAAGCAAAUAAGAUUUUUAUCUUAUCAUCAAUUCA